GAUUUUUUUUCAUUGCAAAUAAAUAAACGUGUUAUGAGAGCGUAUAUUGAAAGUCCUCAGUACGAAUAAAAGUGGGUCUUCAUUAGAGAGACUCUCUUGCUUAAUAUAUGCAAUACUUUCUCCUUGUUUUUGGGAAAACCCGAUAUCGAGCCCAGAAGAAAAAAAAAACCACCCGCCCUACUGCCUUCUUCUUUUCCGAUCACCCCGCCGACGUCUCCGGCCUCCUUCCGCCGAAAUUUUUACAUUGUUCUCUUCCUCUCUUCAAGAGCAACACACCCAUACAAGUUUUCCCAAUCUAUCACCCACUGUAUACAACGAAUCGAAGAGAGAGAGAAUUCGAGUUCUCAGGUGCAUAUGCCAAGCCUUGGGCACAGGCAGUCAUAAUCGUUUCUUCACUCGCACCUCAUUUGCCUUCGUAGAGUCGUGGUUCCCGCUCAAGAGAGAUGGAGGGUAGUUUUGCUGAGGAGCUUUACUCAGAAAGUUUACAGCUAUCAAAAAUGCAAUUGGGUUCCACAUCGAACGUCACCGAUCAUGGUAAAGUUCAGUUGUCGGAUGAAGAUGGAUCUUCAUGGUGUGGUUCUGAUGACGAAGUGAAUGAAGCCUCUGAUAUGGACAAGGAAUGGCAGAGGAGACGUGACCAAUUCCAUACGAUGGGAUACCGUGAUGGUGUUAUAGCUGGAAAGGAAGCUUCUUCUCAGGAAGGAUUCAAUAUUGGCUUUAAGCAAUCAGUCCUUGUUGGUUACAACUGGGGUCUUGUGAGAGGUGUUACAAGCACAUUGGCUUCCCUUCCAGAUGGCAUAAGGGAGAAGUUGAUUGAAACAGAAGAACAAAGAACUCGAUUUCAGGGAUUGUAUGAAUCUGUUCAUUCCCUUUCUACAACAGAUGCCCUUGGGUUGUUUAAUGAUGAAAUCACAAGUAAAAAUGAUAGAGAACAAAUUGAAAGUUCAGAGACUAGUUCUUUUGAAGUUGAAACUGGUUUGGAAGAGCAAAGAUUAGACCGUAGUGGUCUAGGAAAUUACUCUGCAAAGCUCCGUUCACUUCUUUUGGAGUCUCCUGGAAUCAAAGUAAAGUUCCCCUAGACAAGAAGUUAGUGCCAUAAUUUUGUAAUUAUUUGAAAUUUGUAAAAGAAAAAUUGAACAUACUUUGCUGUACUACAAGCCAACAGUUGAGUUCAAUUUUUUAAGAACUGUGCAUUGAGCAGUGUUGUCAAUAUUGUUGAUGAUCUUUAUGUA